ACCGAGGAUUUUUUUUCUUAGAAAAGAAAAAUCAAACGAUUUUUAAGAAAAAGAAAAGGGAGAUUCAGUACGAGGUAUAAUUGAAUUCUUAUACCAGUUGAGAGGGUUUCCCGCUUGCCACUUCUUGCAACCUCUUUCUCCGGCAAAUCCACUUAUUUUUUGGUGUACAUCUUACUACAGAAUAAGGAGGCAUGUUUUAUUUGAGUGAAAUAGAACACACACUGAGAUUGCCGCCUCAUCUCCUAAGCCUUCCACUCAAUGAAUCAAUCAGGGGAGAGCUUGAGGGUCUCUUUGUGGAUAAGGUUAUUGCAAAUUUGGGCCUUUGCGUCUCCGUUUAUGAUAUUCGCUCCAUAGAUGGCGGUUUUAUCUAUGCGGGAGAAGGUGCCUCAACAUAUACGGUCAAGUUUAGACUGAUAGUGUUUCGCCCAUUUGUAGGAGAAGUAAUAGUUGCUAAACUCAAAGAGUCCAAUACAGAGGGUUUGCGCUUGUCACUUGGAUUUUUCAAUGACAUUUAUGUGCCCCCACCUCUAAUGCCAUCUCCAUCACGUUCUGAGCCUGAUCCUGAGAACAAGAACCAAGUCAGAUGGAUAUGGCAGUUUGAGGGACAAGAUGAAUAUCCUAUUGAUGGCGUAGAUGAGAUUAGGUUCCAAGUUCAUAGUGUUAGUUAUCCAUCCGUACCUCUUGAGCAAGAAAAAGAUUCAAAGCCAUUCGCACCAAUGGUCAUAAAGGGAUCUCUUGAUGCUGAUGGUUUAGGACCCAUUUCAUGGUGGAUAUAGCAGAAAUUACUGUAAACUCUUUGACGAAGGGGAGCCUUGGAACAACGGUAAAGUUGUCUCUGCAUGACAUAUAUGUUACGGGUUUGAGCCGUGAAAACAUUCACUAAUGCUUGUAUUAGGGUAGGCUGUCUAUAUCACACCCUUUAGGGUGCGGUUGUUCCCCGACCCUGCAUGAAUGCGGGUAGAAUCUUUGACAAUAAACUAUAUAAUUUAUUUUUUGUUGAUAGAGAGAAAAACAGUGACUGUAAUUUUGUCAUCCUUAGAAAGAAGCAAAAUGAGCUCUUUGUGUUACUUCAAAUCUCUUAGUAGGUCCUCAGUACACUCUUUUCAGAAAGGAUGAUUCUGCUACUUAUGUGUUUC